AUGCCACAGAAUAUGAAAUCAAAGUUAUCUUUGGCCAUACAAAAGGCCGAAGAAGAAGAUAACCAUAGCAUCAAUACUAUUUACGAAGGUAUUUAUAGUAAUCAUCAGCGGCAACAUCUGCAAACCGAUUCUCAGUAUUUACCUGUAGUACAGCAUGGUUCACCAACUGUUACCACAUCUUUGUCCAAAUCCAAGAACUUUAAACCUGAGUUAUCCCCUUUAACUACCAAAUUUGCCGAUGAUAUUAAAGAAUUCACUCCGGGAUCGAGAUUCAACUUUGGUCAUCCUAAAGACGACAAAGUUAAACCCAAAAAUUAUGAUAAUUACGAACAAUACGAAGAUUAUGAAGAUCAUGACGAUUAUUACUACGAAGGUGAUCAAUAUGAAGUUAGUUCUCAAGAUGUGGCCGUUAACUCCUUCACUGGUAUCGAAAAUAGUACUUUGGAUCAACAACAACAAGAGGACGACGAAGAAGACGAUGACGAUGAUGACCCAGUUCAGCCAGAAAAUGAAGAAGAUUCAAACGAUUAUGUUCCAGGAGGCUAUCAUACCUGCUAUAUAGGAGAAAACUAUAAAGAUGGGAAGUAUACUUUAGUCAGAAAAUUAGGUUGGGGGCAUUUUUCCACUGUUUGGUUAGCUAAAGAUAACGAUAAGAAUUGUCAUGUGGCUAUGAAAAUUGUCAGAUCAGCUAGACAUUAUACUGAAACAGCAUUAGAUGAAAUCAAAUUGUUAGAUAAAGUUACCACUUCCGAUAUGAAUCAUCCUGGUCAUGAGCAUGUUAUUCAACUUUUAGAUACUUUUACCCACAAAGGACCUAACGGAACCCAUGUUGUCAUGGUUUUUGAAGUUUUGGGAGAAAACUUACUAGGCUUAAUCAGACGUUAUAAACAUAGAGGUAUUCCUAUAGUAUUCGUCAAACAAAUUGCCAAACAAUUAUUGGCCUCGUUGGAUUUCUUACACAGAAAAUGUGGAGUCAUUCAUACUGAUGUUAAACCAGAAAACGUUUUGAUUGAAAUUGGUGAUGUAGAACAAAUCGUUAGAAUGGUAGAGGAAGAAGAGUACCAAGCAAAAUUACAGAAAAAAUUACAACGUACCAAAUCAAGAUCAGGUAAUAAUAGCUUUGUUAGUACUCCUAUCACAUCCAACCCACAAACACCUAAUGUUGAUCGUCAACAAUCAGUUCUUUCUCCUACCAGUGGGUCCAAUAGUGUUGCUGGAAGUACUAAUAAUUCCAACAAUAACUCCAAUAACAACUCCAAUUCCAAUUCCAAUUCCAAUAUUAGUUCAUCUAUUCAAAAAUCAUUAACCAGUUCUCCUUCUAUUGGUAGAAAUGGCAGCAGGUCAAGAAGGCAAACCUUAAUCACAGGUUCUCAACCUUUACCUUCACCUUUAAGAACAUUCAAUAAAUCUUUUACCAGUCUUUAUGGAUCUGCGGUAUCCACUCCUGGAAGAUCUUCUUUAGUUACCAAUCCUUUAAUUGAAGAAUCCAACGCUAAAACAAGUGGUGUGCCCAUGUCAGAAAUUACCAAUCCCAAUGAAAUUACCAGGCAAGAUAGUGAUGAGAAAUUAAACACAUCAUUAUCUUCAAUGUCAAUUUCAAAUGUCAAUCAAAGUUUCCAAAAUGAUUCAAUGAAUGAAUCUUUCCUCAUCAAUGAAGAUGAAUUGAUUUCGGUGAAAAUCGCCGAUUUGGGUAAUGCUUGUUGGACGCACCAUCAUUUCACCGAUGAAAUUCAAACUAGACAAUAUAGAUCACCUGAAGUGUUGUUGGGAUAUCAUUGGGGUUCAUCAGCUGAUUUAUGGUCAUUUUCAUGCCUUAUAUUCGAAUUGUUAACUGGAGAUUAUUUGUUCGAUCCCAAACAAGGUAAAGCUUAUUCUAAAGAUGAUGAUCAUAUUGCCCAAAUCAUUGAGUUGUUAGGACCUUUCCCACGUCAAAUGUUGAAGGAAAGUAAGUAUGCUAGAGAAUUUUUCAAUUCUAGAGGUGAGUUACAUAAAAUUUCCAAGUUAAAGCCUUGGGGUUUGAAAGAUGUUCUCAUUGAAAAGUAUAAAUUUUCACCUUCUGAUGCAAUUGAAAUAUCCGAUUUCUUAUUACCAAUGUUAUCAUUACAACCAGAAUCAAGAGCUGAUGCUGGAGGUAUGAUAAAUCAUCCUUGGUUAAGUGAUGCAUUGGGAUUAGAAAAUGUUGUUUUAGAACGGCCUGUAGGGGGAUGUGGUGAAGAUAUCCCCGGUUGGUCAAGAGAGUUAAGUUCUUCCCACUCAAAGAACUAUUUUAAGAAUUUUGUGCAAUAA